CUACCAUCUACACUCCACAUUUGCCAACCGUAGCACACAUAUAACGGCGAACUUCUCAUGAAGAGCAAACGCGAAAAUAUGCUGAUCACGAUCCUAAACUACACCCCUGACAAGCUCUUGAACUUUCACCCAAUUUACUUUCGCCCAUGGUUUGUAUUUUAUCCCGACCUGCGGUGCUCAAAACCCGUUACCACGGGACUUUGAUAUGAGCAGGCUUGGGUUUUUAGGCGGAUCCGAAUACUCUGUGACCGGUACAACCGACAAUGACAUAUAUGCCAACUAGAAAUUAACUGUUGGAUUACUACUGAAAAUAUGAGCCCUAGUGCAACGAGCCUACGUAUAGACGACACAGGGGACACAAAACUUCUAAUAGCGGCGGAAUGGCAUUUUUUCCCCUGAUAGCCAGCGGCACCAGUGAUAACCCAGCGUCAGCCCAUAGCAUCCGAGCUAACGGAGUUGUCUAUAUUCGGGAACGAAGAUGAAGCCGUGUGGUGAAACCACUUAAUACCAUUGUUUGUGAUAUAUUGGCUCGGAUAAUUUGACCUUUCAACUUUUGUUGAACAGCUGACUACCCGACGUAUGGCUCGAGUUCGAACGCGAUUGAAUUGGCCAUCGAACAUCUAGAGCGGCGUACACAAAUUUACCGGUGUGGGUUAACCGAUUACAUUUAUUGAACGAGCUUUGUCACUGGCAGCCAAAACUGGAACGAGUAACUCCCAAUCGCAUUCCAACUGCCCAAUAAACCGAAAAUUGUCUACCUUCAUAACACGACUAGAUUGGUAGAUACAAAGUCAAAAAACCACAACUUCCAGUGUGAAAUAUCGCUCCUGGAGAGGAUCACAUAAAAAAAGAACGGGCCAUAUCUCGAUAGAACAGUCGUUUUCUCUUUUUGGGAGGUUUCCAGAGGCGAACUAGUUCUUGUCCCGUUUCCUAAACGCUGAACUGAACUAAUUUACAUUUGACGCCAACCAACGAUCCCCAAGCCCCUAAUUUAUUUGGCUCUAUUCGAUCUCCGCAUUAUCAUGCCGUCUACCCUCUGUGAAAGGAUUAGCCACUUAUCUAGCUUCAAUGGGAAUAUGCAGGCAGCAGCUUGGAUAUUUGUUCAUAUAUCGGUGAUGGACGGUUAACGUGGAGCAUACCCUAAAUCUUCAGCCUUAGCCGAUGUUUCCUUUUUACUCUUCUCCCUCUGAGACUUGUCGAGGGGUGGCAUAACUACUAUAGCCAAACUGUCGCCUUUCCCUCUUCGCCUUGUUGCUAUCGUAAUCGGAAUAGCCAAAGCUAUCUUGUCGCUUCGCAUUCGCAGAAUAUCCAAAACCAUCCUGUCGCUUCGAUAUCUCGGGGUUGUCGUCGUAGUCAGAAUAGCCGAAGCUAUCUUGCCGCUUCACAAUCACAGAAUAUCCAAAAUCGUCCUGUCGCUUCGAUUUCUCGGGAUUGUCACUGUAACUGGAAUAGCUAAAGCAAUCCUGUCUCUUCUUAUUGCCAUGUUUUCCCAAUGGUGGUGGCAGGCUUCUGUCACAGAGGCUUCGCGGUGCUUCCGGGGCGAUGCGAACGGGAAUUAAAACACGUGCUGCAACACUUGUAGAUUCCUGCUCGGUUCUUGCAGUACCACCUCCAUCAUUGAUAAUUGGGGCCGAUAGAACGGUGGCUAUGAUUCCACCAAAGACAACGAAGGGGCAGGGAAGCUUCGAAUGGAGUAAACACAGAGAGGCAAGGUGCGAACAUAUUUUCCAGGGGAAUGGCUCUAGAAGGUUGAUAUCCCUUUAGCUUUAUAUUCCAAUUCCUUGGACUCUCCGCUCUGACCUUUGUACACCGUCUCUGCCCGACCCCUCCCAUAAAAGUGGCAAGGAAGGAAAUCCUGUUGAUGCUUCAUUCAACAUGGGGUAAUGAGCUCAGGUGUGACUUCGCUGAUCACUGCGAGGAUCUUGGGUCGGUGCAUGCAUUUUUGGCCAGUAAUUCUCCUUCCAGACCUCUGAGGCUGCCAAUGACCAGAAUUCCCGUCUUUCAUCACGGAAACGUUACAUUGCUUUUGAACCAAGUGUAACUAAUGAUAUGAUAUUCCAUGAUAUCGGUUUUAUCAUGGUCAUAUCAGGCGGAAUGAUACGAUAGGCCUGAUGAUAUCCUAUCCCUAUAUUUUCAGAAGAACAAUCCUCUGCUAAGUAUAUUGUUCUCCGUUCCUGUUGAGAGAAUCUGUAUCACUUUAUAUUGCAUGCUGAGAGGCAAGUGAUUCACCGUGAGAACAUUGGCUUACUUAUUUGUUUGAUAUUUCCUCACUACUUUGCCAUCAUCGGGCUGAUUGACCAAGUUAAGAGGAACGUUAAACCGCCAGGGGUAUAAUAAUAGGCCGACUGAAUGCCUCCUGCAGAAGCAGUAGUCGUCGUCGACUACCAGCUGAGCCAUGAAGCAUAUAGUCUUUUCCCUAACCUCAUCCUCCUCUUCCUUAAGCAGCCUUUGCACCCUGCCAACUGAUAUUGGUUGUCAGCAUGUUUAGAAAAUGGAUUGGUCAAUCCAGAUUCAAUUGUCUCAAUCGAGAACUGGAUGACUACGACGGGGAAGCCGAAGAGAGUCUUUUAACCAAAAGGUUGCCUUAUCCCAAUCACUUAACGUCUUCAAGAACAAAGUGUAUUUUCUCAGCAGCGGCCGGCUUUAUCAUCGGAGUUUCCAGUGUUCUCGUGUAUUUGCUAUGCAUAUCUUCAUCCCCGCCGAUGUUUGGGAAAAACGCAGCGCUCAAACAAACUUCAUACUGGUCUAAGGUUCUUGACGAGAUCGAAAUCCCAACAUAUACUGUCCGAAUGAACGGGACUCUCUUCCCCCCUCCCGAUCCCGAUUUCUCACGACAGGAGCCCAGUGCAGAAAACGACGCCACUUGGGAAGUCUUCGAGAAAAUUCGCACACAUGUCGUCACGCGUGAUGAUAUUAUCAAACUAGGCAAGGACCCUGAUACUGUCGCACGCUUCGACGACGAGUACUGGGGAUUUGAACAAGAUGCGUAUAUGGCACAGCUGGAUAUUUUCCACCAAAUACACUGCCUGAACAGGUUGCGAAAAGCAGCCUUCGCAACAUACCCCGGCUAUACGCCAGUAGAGACGGAAGACGCAUACUCGAAGAUUUGGUGGGUUCACAUUGGCCAUUGUGUUGAUAUGCUGCUACAGAAUAUCAAGUGCUAUGGGAACACCGACAUGAUAACGGUCGCUUGGGUAGGAGACCACGGAAAGCUCUGGCCGGAUUUCAGUAUCAACCACAAAUGCCGCGACUUUGAUGCCAUAAUGAAGUGGAACCUGGAGCAUGCCGUUGAUGUUGGGAAGUUCAGCCGAAUGCCGCUUCCGAAGGACGCUUAUUUAUGGCCAAAACCGUGGGCAGAUCCCGAAGCUGAGCUUGGUCAUCCGCUUGGGAAGAAUGAGUGGAAAGAGGGAAGACAAUGUCAUUAAACAUUUGUGGGUAUAGCUGAUAACAGUACUAAGGAAAAUGAAGUAGAAGCUUUACAGCCUGUCAUGAACAAGUUGGGGGAUUUGUUGAUACCUUGUUUGUUUCCCUUUCAUCUCUUUCACCUUUUAACUCAGCUUUGUGUCAACAAUACAAUUCUCAUCAUCAGUUCUGCUACCCUAUAAUACUUCCUUCCUACUUAUUACAAAUAGACGACGAAAAUAACUCCUUCC